UCGCACACCACUAGGCGUGUUCUACGCUAGGCACUGGGGUCAAGGAUACUGCUACGUGUACGUAAUGAUAGCCAUUACCUUUUUAUCUGGCUGUCCGUCGACUUGGACUGAUCAUGACAUCGUCCUUAGCUCACCAUCUGUACCGCAUACCUAACGACAGUAGUUCUAUUUAGAUACAGUAUUUAUGUUGUAACCGCGCCGCCGGUGGCUUUUCGUGCAAGAAGCAUGUCAAGCAGGUUGUUCUCGCAGAAGGUUGCUUAGCGCUUACCGCGGACGUUUAACGCGGACGCUCACUACAAAUAUGUCGUCGCCUCUCGUUUCUUGUUCCGCUCUAUGACCCGAUAUAAGCUUGUCCAUGUCAAAAAGGACUACUCCAACCGCACCCUAAUCGGUCCAAUCAGGUCGCGCUUAGCCUAUCGCAACGCGCCAGGUGGAGUCGUAAGUGCCGGAAACCGAGCCAGCACUUAACGGGACAUCAUGUCGUGGUCCAGAUCCAGUCAUAGAUAGGUUCGUCAUCCGCUCCCGUCACCGCGGCUUUCCGUUUCCUGUUGCCAGCGCCAUGGCUUUUGUAGCUUAGACAUCCUUCCCACGCGAUUAGCGGCGGGUUUCCGGCGGCUGGAACGUUGAGUAGCGGCGGACAUCGCGGACACGGUUUACGAUUAGCUGGACUCGGUUGACUCUGUUGGCUCGGUUGACUCGGUUGACUCGGUUAAGUUAGGUUCGCUCCCACCAAACUGCACCAGGAAGACGCUCGACUAGGUCAUACCUUGAAAGGUUUUUGGUAGAGUCGCACGGGAAGGAAUCGCACGGGGGAAGGAGUCGCAUGGUGGUUUUUAUUCCGGCGGGGGCGAUGGAGGAGGAGGCUGCGCGAAGUCGCACGAGCAUUGGCGUGCAUGCGAUCUGUCCGCGACGAACGUCGCACAAAGCACGGCGUCGUCGCCACGGUGUCGCGCGGACAAGGGGAGCGACGGAAGCGACGGAAGCGACGGGUGCGAGAGGAGCGACGGCAGGGACAGGAGGCACUGAGGUGUAUCGGAUGCGUGGGCUUCUGCCCUCCAACGAAACCGCUGUGGCCCUUCUUACGCUGCUGCUCUCGGUCAUGACCCUAUCGGCGCGCUUUGCGCUUGUGGCCGCCGCACCGCCUUCCGCCACGCAAAUGCCGGCGUUACUGGAGCUGAAGACGAGUCUGGACCCCACGGGGCAGGUGCUGACGUCAUGGAGCAGCGAGGAUGACUGCGGGGCAUGGCUGGGCGUGUCUUGUGACCCGUCCACGUGGAUGGUCGUCAGCAUGGCGGAUGAAUGGAUGGAUGGAUGGAUGGAUGGAUGGAUGGAUAGAUGGAUGGAUGGAUGGAUGGAUGGAUGGAUGGAUGGAUGGAUGGAUGGAUGGAUGGAUGGAUGGAUGGAUG